AUGGGCCUGGCGGGUGCCAGAAACAUCCCACCACCCUGUAGUCGACACAAACACACGGGCAACGCAUCGAAACUCUCUCGGCCAUUGCCCAAGGGAACAUGGGACAGCCAUAUGCACGUGGUCGACCCGACACGGUUCCCUCUCGACCCUUCGGCCAAAUAUAGACCUCAGGCGCAUACGUUGGCCGACGCAAAGACAUUCUAUUCCAGUUUUGACUCGGGGAUCGAGAACAUGGUGCUCGUGCAGCCCUCGAUCUACGGCACCGACAACUCGUGUAUGCUGGAGGCGUUGUACGAGCUGACGCCGAAGCACGGGCGAGCUGUGGUAGGCCUUGAUCCCGCGACAAUCCAAGGAGACACUCUCCAGGAAUGGCACGACGCAGGCGUCCGAGGGGCGCGCGUCAAUAUGCUUUCGCUCGGUCGAGAGUGUGUCACCGAGUCGGAGUUGCGAGCUGAAUUGGAGGCCUACGCGGCUGUGCUCCGACCUCUCGGAUGGCUUCUCGAACUGUUCAUCCCUCUGAAAAUGGCUAUCACGCUGGAGAAGAUCGUGCCGGAUCUCGGGGUGAAGGUCUGUGUCGCUCAUUUCGGGGCGCCGCCUCUUCCUCAACCAUAUGAUCCUUCAAGAGCGAUUGAUCCUUACGCAAUCACCGGCUUUGCUUCGUUGAUUGAUUUACUGAAAAAGGGGGACACCUGGGUCAAACUGUCUGCCCCGUAUCGCAUUUCACAUGAUCCCGAGAUGCGCGACUUGGAUGCUAUUGGGAGAGAGUUCAUUCUUCAGGGUCCAGAUCGGGUUGUCUAUGCGUCCGACUGGCCUCAUACUAGGUUCGACAACAUCGACCCAGUGCCUUUCAUUGAGAAGUGCUUCGAAUGGUGUGGUAACGAGACGGGAUUGAUUGAGAAACUCUUCAGAUCAAACGCCGAAGAGCUCUGGGAUGCCCCGGGUCGGGCCAACUGA